GAAUGAAUGAAUGAGAAAGGAAUAUGAACAGGGUUCUGGAAGUUUCACAAGUUAGGUUGCGUGCGCAAAGAUUAUCAUCUAUCUAUCUGGUUGCUUCCGCCCCAAGCCUAAUCUCUCCUAUUCCACCCUUCCUUUCUUCCUUUCUUGCUCACUUUCAGAAAAUUUGAGCUGUUUGGGAAAAAGGGUAUGCUCUGAUAUUGGUGUUUCUCAAUGGCAAUCAAAUCCUAUGAGAUGUUGGCUGAGAAAUACCUGCUCUCUGACCAUAUUGUUCCUUAUACGUCUAUGCUUUUUGGAAUUUUGGCUUGCAAAUUGGUUUAUCAUGUUAACCAUCUGCUCAGUGCUGCUUACUUCAAGGGCUAUUCUGGCCUUUCGAGAAUGAAACGUAUUGAGUGGAACAAUAGGGCUAUAUCAACUCUUCAUGCCAUUUUUAUCACAGCUAUGUCAUUGUACUUGGUGUUUUGGUCGAAUCUCUAUUCCGACUACUCUGACAACCAACACAAGCCUAUUGUUACUUUCCAGAGUUCCCUAUUGUCUACAUUUGUAUUGGGGGUUUCAGUUGGGUACUUUCUGUCUGACCUUGGGAUGAUCAUUUGGUUCUACCCUGCUCUAGGUGGAUUGGAAUAUGUGAUUCAUCAUCUUCUUUCUAUAACAUCCGUAGCAUAUGCAAUGUUGACCGGGGAAGGACAACUGUAUACCUACAUGGUUCUUAUCUCUGAGACAACCACCCCUGGCAUCAAUUUGAGAUGGUAUCUUGACACUGCUGGAAUGAAAAGGACUAAAACAUAUAUGAUAAAUGGUGUUGUGAUAUUCAUUGCUUGGCUGGUUGCCAGGAUCCUCCUGUUCAUGUUUCUGUUCUAUCAUCUCUACCUGCAUUAUGAACAGGUUAAACAAAUGCACGCAGUUGGACAAUUUUUAGCUUUCGGGGUGCCGCCAAUGCUAGCUGUCAUGAAUUUGAUGUGGUUUGGGAAGAUUUUAAGGGGAUUGAAGAAGACGUUAGCAAAGAGGCAGUGAGAUUUUGAUGGGGGCCGGUGAUUUUCACAGUUAUCCAUGUAUAUAUGAGCAACAUCAUAUCUCAUUCAAUGCAAAUCAGAGUUUUUAGUA